AUGGAUCCGCUGUCGUCCGAGUCUACACGUGCAGCGUCCAACCCCGUCGCAGCUGCGACGACUUCACCUCGUCUUGAUGCGCCCCGCUCGCUCUCUACUGCCACGUCCCACCGAUCUAUCAAAGACCUAGUCAAUCGCUUCAAUCAGCAAUCCACCAAAGACAAAGUACCCGUGCAACCUCCACGAGUCGCUCCGCGCUCCCGCCUCCAGCGCCCGCUGCGCUCGCCCACCAGAAAUCGCAACGCUUCCUCUCCCGUGGCCCGCUCUACCACCNCCCAAGACACCAUCUCGCCGCUGAAGAGCCCCACUCGCCGCAGCAAGAUCCGUACGCCUGCCUCGCUUGCUCCUGACCAAUCUCGUGCCCACAGCCAUGCUCCCCAUGACCCGGCUCAUGACAGCUUCUUCUCUCUAGCACCUCGUCGAGGUUCUGAUGGUAGCUUAAGCUCCUCCUCGGCACACUCUUCGAGCCUCCACAAGCGAUCGCAUUCCAACGUCGAGUACCAUCUACCCGCUCCUCUACAUUCAAGUCGCUCGCGUCCUAGCACUGCCCACAGGCGUGUGCGCAGCGACUAUGUUGGACCUGGAGCCGACUCUGCACUGUCAAUCCGCCCCAUUUCUUACAACUCAUUGCCUCGCAAUGCCUCGACUUCGUUGAUCAGCCCCUCGCGUAUCCCAGUCAGCAGUUCCAGACGUGCCGUCAGCGUGGAGCCUCUUUCGCCUACCACCUCACGCCACAUCUCGCAGAUGGGCCAGUCAGUCAAUCAUUUCCCCGCUCCCUCAUCGCCUCGUUCCCGCCACACAUCGUCCCAACGUGCUUCUUCUUCCGGCUCGAGUCUUUUAGGCCUGCCCACUCUCGGCAACACACGGUACGAUUCUUCUUUGCAUCAGCGACACGCUCUUGUGGGCAACAGCCUCAAAGCCUUCAUAAAUGCACCCCCUCCUUUAAAGUCUCCUCCGCUAAGAAGUUCACGCCCUAGGCCUCCUGUUUCUUCCGCCUCGACAGCCGCUUCACGUGCUCGAUCUGGUCAGCGUUUUGAGUCCUCGCUUGCCUCGCAGAGCAACGAUCCUGCUAGAUACCGAAAGAAGAAGAUUCCAGAGCUGGACAAUAUCGAUCUUGCCGCGCGAAAGGAGAAAAUUCAACGUGCCUUCAGCGUCAACUCGGCUGAUGCGUUUGGAAGGGACAGCUUGAGUGGUAGCGAUUCGAGACGUGGAAGUAACAUCAAUGACACGGCUAGUGAUGACCGGGAAGACCAGAGCGGCAACGGCCAGGACAUGGACUCUUCUUUCGAGCACACAGACGCUGAAUACACCGACACCGAACAAACCGAAGUCGACUACACCGAUCCAGACUUGUCCGAGGCCUCUGGUGUAUUGUCUCCAACCACCCCACGCAAUAUCCCUGGUGCUUUCAUCGACGACGAAGAGCCGCUACCUUCGACUAACCAUGUCAGCACUCCAGAGGCUCCUGCCUACUCAGAUUUAAAUUCUAGUCCGCCAAACCAUUUCGUCAGCGAUGCUAUCUACGAAGAGGAGGAGGCUGUGGCGGAUAGCUGCGAUGAGUCUUUGACUGGAGAGCACACGACCGAGGACAUGGCGCCAGAAACACUUCUCAGUCAGGUCAUGAAGAUGCGGGAGAGAAGCGUAUCGAGUGCUUCGCAUACAGACUUUGAAGAGGGCUCAUCAUUCACCCCCUCGGAAAAUGGAGAUCGUGCUUCAAUCCACAUCGUGCUUCAAGACGACGUCGCACCGGUAUCAAAGGCUGAGGACUGGUCUUCCGAUCUGCCUUCUUCUCCAGCACCCUACCACGCUUCUGGGCAGCCUGACUCUNCCCCAUCACUGCUCAGUCAGCGCGUCUCUGUGCCUUACCGCAUUCCUGACUCGGAUGAAGACAGUUUUGCCAGCGACGUCGCUCAGGUCGGACUCUCGUCGCCCUGGAUCGGCCAGUUGCCGCAUGUUGCACAUCUGGAANGAAGCGGAGCCCGAGACGCCCAAAAGUCCGACUUCGUUAAAGCCACAACGUCCGCAAACCUCAUUCCGGACGAAGACAAAACUCCACGUCAGUCGAAGCGUGCAGGCCGAGCUUCAGCAUUGGCUAUCAUACCUGACUGGAACGAGCAUGGUCAAGCUCGCGAGGCUGUGGACCGCAUCACCAGCCAGUACCAGGAGGUCGGCUCCGUAUCGCCUCAGAUGCUCCACGACUUCCAGCAGCACGUCGUGCCGCUCUCUCCCAGCCUUUCCAAAGCUGAAGCCAACGAUGCGGACUCUGUAGGAUUCCUUCUGGAUAGCAUACUGCGAGAACAGGCAGGUUCUCCUCAGCCGAGGAAAUCGGUAACUGAUUAUCUGUCCCCUACUUCGUAUAAUCCUUCCGAUCGCACAAACAUGGAAACACCAGAAGAGGAGAUUCGCGGCACUGCAAUUGUUUACAGCACUACAUACAGACGGUCUGCUGCGAGUCUGCCCAGAGCUUCUCAGGAUGCUCUCAACGACACUUCUUACUUGCAGUCUUUCUCUCCUUCUAGCAUCAUGGUCAACACUCCUGCAUCUCAAUACGAACUUGGCACUCCUGCUUCCGAGUAUUCGGGCACGACGACUCCAGCUCUGCCGGACACUACAUCUGGUGCAGCCAACGACGACGAUGACUAUCGACCUCCACCCCCACCCAAGGACUAUGGUUACUCACCUCGAUCAAGUAUCGGCCAGCUGUCGAUGAGAUCACUGAGCCAAGCAUUGCCUUCGUCUCGUAGCAGCAGAUCCUCAGAUAGACUUCGACUGCCAGAAAUUCCUAUGGGUACUGGGCUUGGACUCACCAUGUCCAACUCUUCUGCGGACACCGCAAGACCCCAACCACCACUGCCAGAACACGCACCUCCUCUACCCCCACUUGCAAACGGACAGGAGUUGCCGUUCGAGGUCAUUCUCACGGACGCUUCUCCCGGACCUACUUUCACCAGUCAUCCGACAAGUCCAGUUUCAACGCGGUCGAGGACACAAGACGAACGCCAUAGGAACUUCUCAACACCUUCACGUCCAUCAAUGGAGUCGAUGAAGCCUGAGAUGAUCCCGUUACCUCCUUCACAAUCAAUGUCUUCGUUCCAGUCGUCUUCUGUUCGACCGUCUGUCGACUAUGGCCCGCCCCCUGCAACGAUGCCUCCAUCUCCCAAUCCAGAGACCGAGCGCCUUACCAAGCGCAGGCACAUUGUCCAAGAGGUCAUAGACACUGAGUACUCCCAUCAUCAAGACAUGAAAAUCAUUGAGGACAUCUACAAGGACACUGUAGGCGAUUACGUUUCUGAAGAGGACAGAAAGACCCUUUUUGGCAACGUCGACCAAGUCGAGAAGUUCUCACUCGAAUUCUACGAUGCGUUGCGCAAGGCCGCCGCGCCAAUUUAUGUUCCGCCCAAGACUUCUCGCUGGCAACCCAAGAGGGGCAGCUUCUCGACUUCAAACAGCGAUGGAAAUUCAACAUCUGUGAUCAUAGACGACGACAAGGACCGAUUGACCACGAUUGGUGGUGUCUUUGCCAAGCACAUGGCUCGCAUGGAGCACGUCUACGAGGUCUAUCUGAAGAAUCAUGAGAACGCCAACAACUGUUUGAAGAGGAUCCAGACAGAACCUCUCGUAAGCUCUUGGCUUGAAGAGUGUCAGAAGAUGGCUAGCGAUAUCACUGGUGCCUGGAACCUGGACUCGUUGCUAGUAAAGCCCACGCAACGCAUUCUCAAGUAUAGUCUUUUGCUUGGAGACUUGCUCAAACACACGCCUGAGAAUCAUCCUGACCGAAAACCGUUGAAACAUUCGCAUGAGGGUAUUCUUGCAGUUUGCAAAAGAAUCAACGAAUCCAAGAAGCGCUCAGAAUACGUCCAAGAAGUACAUAGGAAACGCGCCAAGUCCAACGCCCGUAGUGCCCUUGCCGUCUUCCUCGCAAAGAAGGACACCGUUAAGGAUCGCGUUGGAGCAGAGGAAGCCCACAAGGAUCCUGAGUUCGACCAAGCAGUCCAAGCGCUCAACGGGCACUAUCUGAAGCUGCAAAUCUGCAUGCGAGACAUUCAACACACUCUGGAAGAGCUCGAAAAGCCCGUUGCUCACUUUAUGAGAUUUGCCGACGCUCUGCAAAAAUACAUAGAAUGCGAGCCAAACAAUUGCCCUGAGAUCGAGAGCAAGUUCCGCAAGUUCAUCCUUGCUAUCAACGAGCUCUGCACUGUUGCUCUACCAGAUCACAAAGCCCGGGUCCAGGCACAUGUCGUGAAUCCGAUGCUCGAAUGUCUCAAGCUCUAUGCUGGCCCCCAACACCUGAUAGCAAAGCGCAAGAAGCGCGUCGCAGAUUAUGCCCGACUUCAGGCGAUGCAGCAAAAGGGUCAGAAACCCGAUGCUAAAACCGUCGAUGCCGCAGAAGUCUAUGAAGCGCUCAACGAGCAACUCAAACUUGAUUUGCCCCGACUCUACACGCUGCAGUCGGAGUUGGUCAGAGCUUGUCUGAACACCCAUGUCUACCUUCAAUCUCAAUGGUGGUGGUUGUGGAAAGAGAAGCUCGCGCCGGUCGUUGACUUCACAUACGCUGGUUAUAACGAGAUCUGGCCAGCCUUUGCUGACGAGUACGAAUUUGUCCAUUCACAAGUGUUGUCCCUUGGUAUCUGCAACGGCGCAUUGCUUGCCGACAGCUUCAACUUCCUGUCACCUCAGACCACUCUGGUUGGUGAUGAGACUAUCUCCUCUCAAGCUUCGACACGACGUCCCUCGAUUCUGCCCAACGGUCAUAGGACCAUGUCCAUCGGCAGCGAGAACCAGCCUUUGUUCACUCCCAGUGACUUCAACAAGUCUUUCACCUCAGCGACAGGAUCUCCAGUACUGCCUGAUUCUGGCCAACCCGGCUAUUAUGGUAGGAUGCGGUCCAGCUCAUCUCUGUCUACUCGUGGUCGCGCUCCUAGUGUGGGUGCGAGCCAAAACAGCAGUCUCCCUCCCUCGCGCAUGCCCAGCAUCGUACCCAAGGCUUCAUUCUCUGCCAACAGACCUUCGACUGCGCAGCGUCCUGCGGAUCUGAAGAGCAUGUCUUCGCGCAUGAGCUUGGACACUGCAAAGCGUAGUCCUAGCGUACGCCCUGGCUCUGCAGUGAGCUCUCAACAACAGCAUCAAGAACCGCGCUUCUCUGGAAUGUUCAACUCGGCUAUGCCUAUGUCCGAUGCUCCUGUCAGUCCUGGUCCUAUGUCGCCACAGCAUGCACCAAUCGAUGCGCCAGUAAUGUUUGUGGCCGCCAGUUUGUUCGAGUUCAACAUCGAUCGAGCCCGACGCGAAGCAGGCUACCCAUAUAUGACCUACGUCGAAGGCGAAGUCUUUGACGUCGUUGCGCAGAAGGGCGAGCUUUGGCUUGCAAAGAACCAAGAUGACCCGACCAACUCACUUGGAUGGAUUUGGGAACAGCACUUUGUCAUCCUCUCCCAAGAAUCUUAG